AUGAACAGUGCAACGUCGAUGUACCUCUGCAUCUCCCAUAUCCAACUAAAUAUCCUCCCCAUCACAAUCACCGCAAUGGAACCGCGCGUCUGCAAACGAUUCUCUUCCCUCACGCCGACUACGAUCGCCUACAUCUCGGGCGACAACACGAUCUUUCACGUUGAACGUGUCAAGGUCCCCCGCGCCGCCGACCUCAUGCCUCUCUCUGACGCCGAUGUUCACCUCCCCGAGAGCGCAGCAGUCCUCGAACUUCUGUUUCGCUUCAUCUAUUGCGAGGUCAACAUUCCUCUCGAUACGAUCCUCUUUCCCAUCGUCAAUAAGCUCGCCGAGGCGGCGGACACGUACAUGGUCCAUUCCGCUAGAAGUGCCUGCCAUCAGUAUAUGCGUACCCAGUACAAAGACCAUCCUCUGGAAAUCGCAGCAUACGCGGUGAAGCAUGGCUGCGAGGGCUUGCUGAACCUUGCUAUGCCAUACACGGCUGGAAUCGAUCUCGCGACCGUGCAGUCCUUCCUUCCCGACACCUACGUACUGACCUGGGCCCUCUACAGCAGCCGCUUUCAAACCAUCAUGCACAACGUCAUAAACCUCUGGAUCCCCCCGCGGGAGCAUGCGCUGGAAGAAAGUGAAGUUGGUGCUGAGGAAGAGGAGGAAUAUGACGACGAAGACUACGGUGCCGGCGAGAACCCUGCCUGCCAGCUCGGCGAGAGCGCCGAUGGAACGUGGUCCUGGAUUGAGCGCAAUGUCGCCCUCGCCAUGCUCCGAGCGCCAGCGUGGGGGUUGCUCGACCUGGACAAGGUGUUCACGGUGGAUAUGCUACGCAGUGUGGAGGGCUUCUCCGAGGCGACACCGACCUCUGUCGCGUUCGUCUCGUCAGACAACGUCACGUUCUACGUCGACCGCGCAAAGUUGGACCGCGCCGCGGACUUCUCUCCUCCGGAACUCGUCUCUUCGACUCCUACGGAUCCUGUUCGCCUCUCAGAAAAGUCGAAGACGCUUGACCUGCUCUUCCGCUUCGUGUACUGUGACGUCAACCUCGACCUCGAUACGUACCCCUUCCUCGACAUUGCAGAUUUCGCUAUGGCGGCAGAGAAGUACCAGGUCUUCUCUGCAAUGGCCGUCUGCCGCCUCUACAUGAAGGGGAAAAUGCAAUCACAUCCGGCCAGAGUCAUGGCAUACGCCGCGAGAAACGGGCAUAAUGACAUUCUCAAUGCUGUCGCUCCAUACACGCUUGCCGUCCCAGCACGUGAGAUGUACAACGCGCUUCCUCCCGCCUACAUGAUCGCCUGGGUCCUUUACUGCGCAGAGUAUCAGAAGAUUGCGCGUGAGGCGAUAGCCUACUUCCCCGAUUUUGCCAGCGAGCACAUAUGGUCAGGAGCGACCCUGAAUCUGCGAGGCUGCGGCCAGGAAGACAUGAACAAAUCAUGGCUCGGCCUACAGAGCACGCUCAUGAAGGCCUUGCUUGUUGAUGGCCCAGCGACCCUGCUUGAUCUAGAUAAAGUGUUUACCGAGGAGCUGUAUGAAGUUAUGAGCUCGUGUGGUACCUGCUACGAGCGACUACAUCGCUACGAGACGGAAUUACAGCAGGGAGUAGAUGAAGUGGCCGAGUUCACUCAUUUUCUCCGCGUAUGA